UCACAACAAGGGGGGAGUUUCCUUCAAUUCAGUCGCAAACUCGUCCUCGACCUGACCGCUUCAUGAAGCACAGAGUCCAGACCUGCAGAGUUAUUCCCCCUGAAAAACCAGGAAUGAGCUUCAGCAGACAUUUCUAAAAGAAAAAAAAGAAAAAGUCAUUCUGCUUUUUAAAAACACAGUCGACAAGUUGUUUUUUGCUGCAUCGUUUUCGUGUGACAGCGACGGAGAAGUCGACUUUUCACAUUUGAUCUUUCUGUGAACGGGAAGAUUUUCCUUUUUUCCUCGAUCAGAAAGAUGCCUGAGGAAGUGGGGACAGCUAAGCCUGGAGGAGUCAUUGCCUACAUCUCCUCAGGCUCCGCCCCAGAGACCUGUAUGAGCACCAGCCCAAGCAGCAGCAGCAGCGGCGGCUACCUUUCCACAUCGCCGCCCCUCUCUCGCCCCUCGCUACCCAGCAGGGCUGUGGGCAUGGUGGUGGACAUCGCUCCACCUGCCAAGAACGGGCCAAGAACCGGCCACGGCAUGGAGAAGGCCGGGCGCUCCUCCACCUCCGCCAAGAGCAGCAUCACCAAAAUCAAUGGCAUGGUGCUGUUGUGCAAGGUCUGCGGUGAUGUGGCCUCGGGCUUCCACUACGGCGUUCACGCCUGCGAGGGCUGCAAGGGCUUCUUCAGGAGAAGCAUCCAGCAGAACAUCCAGUACAAGAAGUGUCUUAAGAUGGAGAACUGCACCAUCAUGAGGAUCAACAGGAACCGCUGCCAGCAGUGCCGGUUCAAGAAGUGUUUGUCCGUCGGCAUGUCCAGAGAUGCUGUCAGGUUUGGUCGCAUCCCAAAGAGGGAAAAGCAGAGGAUGCUGCUGGAGAUGCAGAACGCCAUGAACAACAUGAUGAGCAACAACAGCCAGCUACACAGCAUGCUGCACGGGCACCAGAGCCCAACCAUGCCCAUGGAGUCCCUCCCCAGCGACGCCAGCCCCUCGCCCUCCUCUUCCUCCUCCUCCUCCUCCUCCGAUUCCCCGUCGUGCUCCAACCCCUCCUCCCCGCAAUGCCCCCAGGACUCGGAGUCUGUGGUUUCCAUGGACACCAACUCCAGCUCAGCCUCCUCUUGCGGAUCAGACAGCGGCGAGGACGAGGCUGUCUCAGUGAGCAGCAGGCAGCACCAAGAUGCCUUCGCAUACAGCCAGCAGAGGUCCCUGCGACAGGAACAGGUCUCCCCAUCGCCGGUCACAGCCGCCCAGGAGACGGCGUGUGACGGUCGUAUGGAGGAGCAGCAGGAAGGAUGGAACAGCUGGAACAACAAUGUCGCUAUGAGAGGUUACCAGCACAGUUCAUACAGUAACAGCCAACACGUCACCAAUACUGCUUUCAGGGAGGAGAGGGGAGUUUACCAGCAGCAACCUCAGCAGCAGCAGCAGCAGCUCAACAGCGCCCCCAGCUGUGAGCCAUCAGAAGACAGCCAAAGACCGCAUGAAUUUAACACACAAACUGCCUCAAGUGGUUACAGUGGACCAACCAACAGUGUGAAUAAUAGAGCACACUUGGUAUGUCCAAUGAACACCUCACCCUACGUGGACCCUCACAAGCCCAGCCAGGAGAUCUGGGAGGAGUUCUCCAUGAGCUUCACCCCCGCCGUGCGGGAGGUGGUCGAGUUCGCUAAGAGGAUCCCAGGCUUCCGCGACAUCCCCGAGCACGACCAAGUCAGCCUCCUGAAAGCUGGAACUUUCGAGGUGCUGAUGGUCCGAUUCGCCUCUCUGUUCAACAUGGUGGAGCGGACGGUGACCUUCCUUAGCGGCAAACGUUACAGCCUUGACACGCUACGGUCGCUCGGCGCCGGCGAGCUGCUCAACUCCAUGUGUGAGUUCAGUGAGAAGCUGAUGGCGCUUCGGCUCGAUUCAGAGGAAAUGAGCCUCUUCACUGCUGUGGUGCUCGUCUCUGCCGAUCGCUCAGGUAUCCAGGACCUUAACGCAGUCGAGGCCCUGCAGGACAAACUGAUCCGGGCCCUGAGGAACCUGGUGAUGCAGAACCACGGCGAGGAGGCGGCCACCACGUUCACCAAGCUGCUGCUCAAACUUCCCGAGCUGCGAUCCCUUAACAACAUGCACUCAGAGGAACUGCUCUCCUUCAAAGUGCACCCAUGAACGCUUCCUUAACCAUAUCCACACACCUCCACCAGGACCUGCCUCUCACUCCUCCCCCCCACC